UUCGGAAGUCGACGUUGUCCAGCGAAUAUGAUAAUCGCUUCAUUUGCCCUUGCUGUUACCGUCUUACCGGCCGUGGCAAUCUUCUGUGGAGGAAAGAAAGGAGGAACGAAAGGAGAGAAGAAGGAUUCAGUGUACGAGGAUCUUGCUGCAGGAGACAAGAAGUAGUUGGAACUCCAUCGACACCACCAAUCAACAAAAGACGUCUUCAAUGCUUUUUCAUCGUCUUCUUCUAAAGAAGACCUCCUCCAGUAGUUUUGUAUUUGAAUAUUUUGAAUAAAUAUUUGAGUUU